CAAGAUGGCUGCCCCCAUACAGAACAACUUGCUCUUUUAUAAUUAUUCGAAAAAGGGGUACAUAUGAUCAUGGCCGAAGAAAAGUUGUGGGUGCACAAAACCCUCCCCUAGAUGCAGAUGAACUGAUGUCUGUGGAAGACCCCCUAGGAGUAUCACACACAGAUGAAAUUGAGCAGUUUCUGAUGCCUUUGGAUGACCUACUGGAAGUAUCAUACACGGAUGAUGUUCAAUACUUACUGAUGCCUGUUGAUGACCCCCUUGGGGUAUCGUAUGCAGAUGAAGUUGAAAACUUACUGAUGCCUGUAGAUGACCCCCUGGGAAUAUCCUAUGCAGAUGAAGUUGAAAACUUACUGAUGCCUUUGGAUGACCCCCUUGGAGUUUCAUUUACAAACACUGCUAGUGAUGACUAUUUCCUUGAUGACCUGAGUAUUUCUGGACCUCUGUGUGCAAGUACCCCAUGUAAACCUGAUACAAGCCGGGUUUCUGCAGUGACCACACCACAGAGAUCUUUCAAGAACUUUCUUGAGCGAGAAGUAAAUUCAGCCCAGAAAAUGAAGAAUAAAGCACUAGAAGCCUCAUCAAUCGCAGAUGCCCUUAACUACAAGUGUUCCUGUAACAACCAGUGUCUCAAGGACUAUACAUUCCGUCAAAUCAGAUCUGAAAGAAAAGCAUUCUGGGAGAAACCACAGUUUGAUAGAAAAAAAAAAUUAAGAAUGUAUUUAUUAGAUACAAAUAAAGAAGGAAGAUUUACCUAUAUAUUUUACAAUAAGAAAAAAUUAUGUGUGAAUAGCUUCCUCAAGCUUCUAAGAAUCAAUAAAAAUAAUUUUUACUUAUCAAAUAAUGACUUUGCACCUAAGGGAAAGUCCAAAGACGCAAGAACAUUGAAUGACAUUAAUUGGUUGGAAAAUUGUGCAUCAUUCUAUGGAGACAGAAUGCCAAAUAGUAAUGACAUUCUCCUUCCAUACAAAACUGUUAAAGAAUCCAUAUAUACAAAAUACACACGUGAAGAGGACCAUCCAGUAAGCAGAGCUCAAUUUUUCAAGACCUGGAAAAGCUACUUCCCACCCCUUAAGAUCAAACAGUCUAACUCCUUCUCCAAAUGUUCGACUUGUGUGUCCUUGGAAAGACAAAGAGAGAAAGCUGGUAGUGCUGUUGAAAGGGCCAAGUUCUCAUCUUUGAAAGAUGAGCACCAUGAGCGUCAACAGAUGGAAAGGCGUUACUACUACCAGAAAAGGGAUGCCAGCAGAACACAACAAGAAACCUACCUCUCCCUGAUCAUUGACGGCAUGGACCAAGCAAAGACAAGUCUGCCUCAUUUUGCAGGAAGGCAAUCAAAGAGCAUCAGCAAUGUUGACCUGUUGAAAACCCACGUUACUGGUGUUAUUAACCACGGCAAUGGAGGCUUUCAUUCCUAUGUGGAAAUCAACCAGUUCCCACAUGAUCCAAAUCUUACAAUCAACAUUCUGCUGAGGGCUCUCAAAAAGUCUGCAGACAAACAAAUGAAUUUCCUUCCACCAGUGCUGUACUUACAGUUUGAUAACUGUUGUCGGGAAAAUAAGAACCAUUGCGUGUUGGCCUUUGCAGAACUUCUGGUCUAAUUGAAUAUUUUCAAAGAGAUCCAUAUAUCGUUUUUGAUGGUGGGCCACACCCAUGAAGAUGUCGACGCCCAGUUUUCGCUGAUAUCUAGAACUCUUAAAACAAAAGAUUGUGAAACAAUUGAAUCCUUAAUGACUGUCUGUAACGGUGAACACAUGCAUACAGUGUAUGACGUUAAAAACUGGAUCUUGCCAAAUGCUAACAAAUUCAAACUGAUAACAACACCACUUCAUUAUAAAUUUCAAAAGAAGGAUGGCACUAUUAAUGUGUGUUACAAAGGACUCAACAGUCAGGAUUGGAUUUUACUGGAUGGACAUUUUCUAAACAAACUACCAAUUGGGAAACCACAUAUAGUUAUACGAGAUUUUUCCAAAAUAAGUGUUGAAAAAAGUGUGAAACAAAUUGAAACAAUUAAAAAUCUAUUUAAUGAGCAUUCCAAUUAUGUAUAUUGGACAGAUUUCUAUCAAAACUUAAAUAGGAAUGCAAUUGAAGACACACCAUGGAUUUUACCCCUCUUGCCAAGACAGAGUUCACAGAUUCCAGCUUCACUUAUUGUUCAUGUUCCGGAAACAGUUCAGGCAGCAAUGGAGAAAGAAUUACGAAUUCCAGUGGUCACAAACCAGGCAUCCAAGACAACCAGACAGAAAAAGAAGAAACCCAUUCAAAGGAAACCAAACAACCAAAAAAGGAGAAAAGUAAGAGUUUUCAUGGUACAGAAAACAAUGACAAUUCCAAUUGUGGACGAAAGGAAGAGGCAUUUCCUAUGGAAUAUAUUCUUAAGUGUCUUAGAACUGUUCAUACUGACCUUCUUUCAAAUUUUUGUUCUAGUUUUGUCAGUUUUGUUGAACAUGAUGUGUUAUUGGAUCUUAAUGAAAUAUAUUUAUGUGUUGAUAGCUGAAGUUAUAUUUACUCAUUUAGGACGAAGCCUUGCUUAUAGGCAUGUUGAACAAAUGCAAUUUUCAAUGUUAAUCUGCUUUGAUUUUAUCGGUAAAUCUCAUCUGUUGGGUACGUAGUGUUAAAUUAUUGCCUUUUUUUUGCACCACUGCAUUUGAACAAGCAAAUGCUAGAACUAGCAGAAAUGUGUCUUAGUUUAAAUAAUUAUGAUGCAAACAGUAUGAUGUCACAGUUGAGGUUAUUUUGGUGUAGAUUUUUAUGUUGCAAAUGUCUUAUCUUACUUUGAAUUUUAACUAAGGAGAAAAUUGAUUAUUGUUAAAUAUUUGUUUUCAACCAAAAGCUUGUGAAUAUACAGUUAUGAUAUUUGACUUCAGGAUUGGCAUCCGGCCAUUGUAAGUGCACAUUAACUUAAACUUAUGCCUUGGUCGUAAUUAAUUAGUUAAUAUUAUACAGUUAAAAUAUUCAAAUGAGCAAAGACCAUAACACAUAUAAUAAUUGAGUGAUUCCCAGUUUCAAUUGUAAAAAGAAUUAUCAGCUGCGGUUUCGCCUAUAUUUUGGCCAUGCUUUGAUAACUUGGCAACUUGGUACAAAUGUUCAUGAUCAGAAAAUUGUAUGAAGUUAACCAAACAUAAAAUUACACUAACUUUAAGUUUACUGACAUUAGCUUAUCACUACUUUAUAUCAGCAAAUAAAUCAUAUAAAAAAAUUAUCUAGAUAAAUACCAAUGAUAGAAUAAUUUUGAGUGAAUUUAAGAAUCACUGUGCCCUAUUCAAACAUGCAUGUUUUAAAACAAUAACUAAACUUUGUGUACAACCUACCUUUUUGUGUCCUUUAUCUCCGAGUUUGUAAGUAAAGAAACAUCAAUUAUCAAGGUUAUUUCUCACAUAUUGGACUACUUUUAAACAUACUUUUUACCUUAUUGAUAUCUUAAUAUUUUAAAUUUCGUUUCGUACUUAGGAUAUAUUAUGGCAAUUAGGUAUUAGUUCUUGCUGUUGUGUUUAAAAAUAUUGUGUAAAACAUGUUAUCAUUUGUUAUGCUUUUUGUUUUUGUGUGAGGUUUGUGUUUGGUUCCAAGGCACGAUUCCAUUCAUGUUUACAAUUAUUUUAAAUCAAGUCAAAGUGGCUUUUCAUAUGGAAACAGGGGACAUAUUACAUACGUGUAAGCAUUAUGAGUCAAAAUGCCAUGUAUGUUUGCUUGUCAAAAAAUCCAGACCCAUUCUGGGAGGGGGUGAGGUCUUAGAGAUAUUAUGGUUAAUGUAUACCAUGUAAAGCUGAAUGUGUUAAGUGUAGACCAGUGGCCAUGAUGACAGUCUCAAGUCCAAGUCUAGGCUCAGACUCAGAAAAGCAUUUUUAUAAAGGAACACAAAAUCAUAUUUAUUCCAUUUCUUCUACAAAAAUGUAAGUUAAUUAUAGUAAAACUUUCAAAUAUGAAUAUAUUUCAGCAAAUGUUACCAUAAAUGCUCUGAUAGAAGGAAAAUUACAAUGAAAUGAAGUUUUGCCAUAAUGAGUCUUGAGUCUGAGCUCAGAAUUGAGACUAUUCGUAAUCACUGCCCCAGAUGUAUUCUUGGGGUAAAUAUCAAGUCCCAUUUUAUGAUUUUAAAUGUGUUGGGUUAUCCUUUGACACACCACAAACUAUACUGAAAAUCAAAUACAUUGUUUAAAAACUGCAUUUAUAUAUAAAUUCUGCUUCUUCUAACAAUAUUGUACUGUUUUGUUUAUAACCUGUGAUAUUUCAACAUAUAUGUUUAUGUUUGAGACCUUUCAGCUGUUUAAUAAAUCUGAUAAAUUUGAUUACCGGUAUAUCAUUUUGUGAAGUGCUCUCAGACUCCUCAAUAAUGUCUAUUUGUAUUUUUUGUAUCAUUCUAUUUAUGGCUGAUUAUAAAUAGUUUUCUUUUGAAGGUUUACAAUCAUAUAUGAAUAUUUUUUGGAUUAUUUAUUGAUUUAUGUAACCAUAAGUAAUUCUGCUAAAUCUUAUUUUCAAUUAUGAAUAUUUUCUUUUAUCAAACUGCCUUUUUUAUAUAUUGUGGAUAUGUGAAUCCUUUUGAUUAGUUUUUGACAUAGUUUUACAUUUAAAUUAAGUAUUGUGUUGCCUUGACACAACUUUAUACUUAUAGCCAAAUGAGAAUUAUGAAAUAUACACUUCCAAACUUUCUUGGCAUUAGAUUGUCAUGCCAUUUUUUUAUAAGAUGCCUUUAAGUCUAUUGUAUGGGUUUGUGUGAAAAAUAAAAUGUUAUAAAAAUCA